AUGGCAAAUGGAAUGCUUCCGUUUCUAAUGCCGCGGUUCACCAAGGAUAACUAUGAAAAUUGGUAUAUCCAUAUGAAGGCAAUCUUGGGAUCUCAAGAUUUGUGGGAGAUCGUUGACAAAGGCUACAUGGAAUCGGAGAAUGAAGAUUCCUUGACUCCAGCUCAAAAGGAGUCCUUACAAGCCACAAGAAAGAAGGAUCGGAAGGCCAUCAUGAUCAUCCAUCAAUGUUUGGAUGAUGGCAUGCUACAACGAGUUGCUAAUGCAACUUCUUCGAAUCAAACUUGGGAGAUUCUCCAAAACUCCUAUCAAGGAGUUGACAAAGUCAAGAAGAUUCGUCUUCAAUCUUUGCGUGGUGAAUUUGAAGCCUUACAUAUGAAAGAAUCCGAAUCAAUCUUAGAUUACUCUUCAAGGGUGUUGACCGUCGUAAAUCAACUAAGGAGGUACAACGAAAAUAUGAGUGAUACGAGGGUUAUUGAAAAAAUCCUUUGUUCAUUGGAUCCCAAGUUCAAUUUUAUUGUUGUAGCCAUUGAAGAGUCCAAAGAUCUAGACUCUAUGACAAUCGAUCAACUCAUGGGGUCACUACAAGCUCAUGAAGAGAAGGUUGUCAAGAAGCAAGAGACUUUAGAGCAAAUAAGUCCUUCUCAAAAUGCCGAAGAAGAAGCUAACUAUGUUGAAAAUGAAGAGACGGAGCAAACUUUGUUGUUGGCAUGCAAAGGAGAAGAAAAUGAAGAUCAUGAUUUAUGGUAUCUUGACAAUGCGGCUAGCAACCACAUGUGCAGUGACAAAAGCAAAUUUAUGGAGUUGGAUGAAACUGCAAGCAAUAAUGUGGUUUUUGGAGAUUCUUCCAAAGUAUCGAUCAAGGAGAAAGGUACAAUUUUGAUUCGCUUGAAAAAUGGUGAUCAUUAA